UUUUGUUUUUUGUUUUUUUUCUUACAAAAAAACAACUUACUUCUGUUUGAGACCUAUCCUUCCCGAACAAGGUAACGUGGGAUAAACAAAAGAAGCAGCAUCAUCGACACCAGAGGAGACGUACGGUUUAACACUGACCACGUUCGUGCAGCAAUACUCCAAAUCUUUGACGCCUUCCACUUUCCCCUGUAGAUGUUUAGUAGUGACAGGAGUCGUGGGCGGCCUCCGUUGGAACAAUAUUUACUCCCAAGCCUUCAAAGACCAAAAGAGAGACGCCGAAUUUAUUGUAAGCAUGAAGCAGCUUAACCUCACCCGGUGACACCGGGGAAGUGGGGAUUCCAGCAGUACCGGCGUGCGUUGUGCGGGGAGCUGAUUUUACAUAGAGGUCAACGCACCAGGGCUCUCAGAGUGUCGUGUACCAAGGACAAUGUCUCCGGCCCAACGUUGGAGGAAACUUGGUAAAUGGUCUGUGGGGGUCUUCUGACUUCUGAAAGGCAGCCAUGAUCAGCCGUAACUUCAAGAAUGUGCUGGUGGUCUCGGUCGGGUUUCUGUCUCUGUUCACGGCUUACGGAGGCCUGCAGAGUUUACAGAGCAGUCUGAACGCAGAGCAGGGGAUGGGCGUGGCGUCUCUGAGCGUCAUCUACGCCUCCAUCAUCGUCUCCUCCAUGUUCCUGCCUCCCAUCAUGAUCAAAAACCUGGGCUGUAAAUGGACCAUCGUAGCCAGCAUGGCCUGCUACGUCUCCUACUCUGUCGGGAACCUCUACCCGGGAUGGUACACCCUCAUCCCCACCUCAGUGAUCCUUGGUUUGGGUGGCUCUCCUCUGUGGUCGGCUAAGUGCACCUACCUGACCAUCUCCGGUAACAUCCAGGCCGCCAAGGAGGGCAAAAAGGGCUCGGACGUCAUCAACCAAUACUUCGGCAUCUUCUUCUUCGUCUUUCAGUCGUCGGCCGUGUGGGGAAACCUCAUGUCGUCGCUCAUCUUUGGACAGGACACCAACAUAGCUGACAUCCCAGAUGAGCAGCUGCAGUCCUGUGGAGCGGCCGACUGUGGCCUCAACAUCAGCGUCGACGCCGCCACCACCAGACCUGCGCAGAAACUGGUGUGGACGCUCGUCGGAAGCUACAUUGGCGUGGGCGUGCUGGCCAUGCUCGUCGUCGCAGCGUUUCUGGACAACAUUGACCGGGAGCAGACCAGCCAGUUUCGCGGGAACCGGGAGCCGUUCUGCCACACCUUCCUGGCUACGUUCAGGCUGCUGAAGGACUGGAGGCUGUUGACCCUCAUCCCUCUCACCAUGUACAGCGGCUUUGAACAGAGCUUCCUCGCCGGGGAGUACACCAAGAACUACGUAACGUGUGCUUUGGGGAUCCACUACGUCGGCUUUGUGAUGAUGUGUUUCGGAGCCUCCAAUUCCGUCUGCUCAUUUAUCUUCGGGAGACUCGCUCGGUACACCGGGAGAACCGCGCUCAUCCUGCUGGCUGCACUGGCCAACUUUUCCUGCAUCAUUGGUCUCUUGUUCUGGAGGCCUCAUCCCGACAACCUGGCUGUCUUUUUUGUGUUUCCUGCUCUGUGGGGAAUGGCAGACGCUAUCUGGCAAACUCAGACCAAUGCUCUUUAUGGUAUCCUCUUCCCCAAGGACAAAGAGGCAGCAUUCGCCAACUACCGCAUGUGGGAGUCUCUUGGUUUUGUUAUCGCCUUCGCCUACAGCACCUUCUUGUGCCUGGAGUAUAAACUGUACAUCCUGCUGGCUGUUCUGCUGCUGACUGUUAUCACCUACCCCAUAGUGGAGUACCAUGAACACAAGAACCCCACGCCCCCUGUUGACGAAGAGACCUACCUAAGUUGCAAAGAAACCAUUCAACAAGUUGAGAACAACAUCAUUCACCAGACAAAAGUGUAGAGACUGAAUUUCAAGUUGUUUUUUUUUUUUUAAAUGUCUACCUUUUGUUUUCCCGUUUGUUUUUACAUCCCCUACAUCUAGCCACUGAGAUGCUAAGCAGGUGACUGAGACUGAUGCCAAAUUGUUCAAAUAACCACACUGAAUAAACUCAAGAAUUUGUGAUGAAAAUGGUGUAGAGCUUUUAGACAGUGAAUCUGAAACCUGUCCACUUGCGUCUAACCGGUCAGCACUGCAAACGCUGACUUUUAUCUUUUAGUGGUACUGCCCUACCCAAACCCUCUUGUCCCCUCGUGACACCGUACCACCAGCGGUAACCUCACAUUGCCGGAACAAUAACACUGCCUGCUCUGACUGGAUGAGUCUGUGUCGCUUUCUUGGUUGAAAUACUUUUGCACUGUACACACUCGUCGUUCAUCUGCGAAGCUUGGACGCGAAGGGUUCGGAUUGGGGAAGAACAUGAGUGUGUCGAAGCUCCAGUGGGUAAAGGCUGUUCGAAAAGAGUAUGUGCAGAAAAAAACCAAAACAAAAAAACAAAAAAACCCCCAAAAACAAAACAUAUACAUAUCUCUGAGUAAAUGUUGAGCUAUUUGUCAUGACAAACAAUCGUAUCCACUCCGAUUUGAUUUUAGAAUGAUUAAGGGCUGAUAUAUCUGAGAUGUGACCAGAGGUUUUUUUUCCUACUAUAGAGCAGUAUCGUCUCACAUUUUCAUAAACGUUACUCUACUGUGAAAGAUAAAUGUAACUGAAAUUAUAUACUGCGAAUUUUGAGAGUGGAAAACCGCCAAGCCCAAAAUAAAAGCGUUACUAUUUUAAGACUUGCGCUCUGGUAUUCCCAUCCGCCCUACACACUACGGCAUCCGUUGGCCAUGAUCGCUUGGGAGACUCUCGAGGGACCACCGAGACGUGCGUGGCCAUGGUCAAAGGGGCGCACGGAGGCAGAUAGCGGCCCUUCUUCCUGGCUAGGCUGCUUGAACUGUGAGGUUUGUCCUGCGAGAAGGUAGAAACUGAGGAGAUCGCCCGGGAGCCUCAGGGCUCACUGGAGCCAUUCACGUACCAGAGACAGCAGACCCAGUGUUUAUUAGCCUGUUAGCUCGUUAGCCUGCGGAUAUUACUCCUGAUUCCUGCCCCAGUUUGGUUAAGUUAUACAACAUUUAGUGCCUGUUAGAGUUAAUAAUUGUUUUGUCUCUAAUUUGAAUACUUUUAUUGCCUCAAGGUUAUUUGUGAUUCCUGGUGCAUAAGAGUUGGUAGAGUUUUUGUUUAUUUACUGUAAAAAAACACCAGUAGCAUCAACACAAUUAUCAAAGUAAGUUAAGCAAAAACACUUGAUUUCGUAAGUUAUCAGCUUUAUGUAGCCUGCUGCUUAAUAUUCUGGGAGGAUAAUGAAGAAUGAAGGAUUUUACUUUACUCGAUACCGACAUAUCAUGUUAGCGUGCCCUGCACUCUUGUGGCCUGAAAGGUGCGCAACACUCAAUACUGGAAAACUCGAAGUACACAGUGCAGUCAGAGGUCUGCGCCCGGCGUGUACCAAGGGAAAAUAACACAAACCCUCUGGAGUCAACUUGUGAUUUGAAAGUAAUAAUUAAUCCAUACUUUGAAAUGUUCUCAAAUGCAUUUGAAAGGUUUUUCUAAUUUUGUAUAUUACAGAUCACAGAGGUGACCCUCAAAGGUGGGUGGUGGUCCGGGAAAAGAUUUUGGUCACAAAAAAUAUCAGAUAAUGAAGAAAGUGCAGCUCCGACAUAAAUUACAUUUUAGUGAGGAGAUUGCAAAUGUCACAGUCACUAGUCAUUUCACGGUGAAGGUAACUGUUGUGAUGAUGUGACAUUAGGGUGGGGGUAGGAUUCACUCGCCUCUAGCUUGUAAAAAUUACUGACGGAGUAACUAUCUAAAAAAAAACAAAAAAAACUGGGAAAGUCGAGACUCAUUUUGAUGAAGAAGCUGGUCCAACUGAAGCCUCCGAGCUUGAACGAGAGGAAGAGCGAGUUCACAAAACGCGGAAAAUAAUGCAACAAAAUUGGCAAGAUGAUUUUCAGGCGCGACUGCUCCUCUGAGAGGCAAAACCGCACGCUGAAAGCUGAACGUUACACCGCAAAUGUCACCUCGAAAGCCUGAGUCAAAUCCCAAGGGCAACAUUGUCCCAUAACGCUGAUAUGAAACGAGAUGCCGAUGAUGAAGACGAGGUGAUCGCGGCGAUGAUAAACGGUGAUUAUAGGAGCAACUGAGAGCAACCCAAGAAUGAAGAUGGCAACGAGGGGACAGUGAGAACGACGAUGGCGCUGACUGUGAUGACAGCGAGAACACUUGAUGUGAAGGAAAUGAUGAUAGCGCUGACCCAGAGCUACGAGAUGAAGAUGGUAGCGACGUCGACGACCAAAACGGCGACUACGAUAAUGCCGGAGAAGACGGUCACGAUGGCAGUCGUGGCGGCGCUGCGCGUAUCCCACAACACCCAUCCACUCACUGGCAGGAGCUGUGAGCCCCUCAGGUCUCGGGAGAGGGCACGGCUGAGCCUGGUUACCAGGUAUCCAGCCGCCGGAAACGUAUGGAGGCUACUGUUGGACAAAAGUGGAACAAGGGAAGAGAGGGUUGGAGAGUAGAGGCUGGUGCAGUUUCUUUCAGUAUCAAGUGGAUUCCUGAAGGCGGGGAAACUCGUUGUUAAUAACCUUAGUUUGAACGGGAUUGAUUUUUUUUU